AACGAUUUUUGGCUUCCAGCUAUUUCAUUGACACUCCUUCAAUCCUUGUUGAAGCUUGCAGCAACGACAGAGGAGUCGCAGGAGUCUAUUGCAUCACUUGAUUCUUCCAAUUUCAGAACUCACCAAACGGGCCCUUGUAGAAUUAAAUCAAAAAAUAAUUAUUAAUCCUGUUCAAAAACCGAAACGGAGCGAAAACCAAAAUUGGAUUGAAAGCAAACCCUACACUGUGUUGCUACCAUAUCUUUGCGUUGAUUUCUUCAUCAUCUGAAAAGCUUGCGGAGGAGAUGAAGAUGCCGAUGAGAACAAAUAUAUAAACUUCUGAAGGGGCUAGAAAAAGAGAGGGUUUCACAAGAACAAACAGAGAGAGGAAUGGAUGAAGGAAAGUUGAGUUCAGGGAGCAAUGAUCAUAUUGAUGAUAUCAGAUGGCUUUGCUCAUUGAAUGAAUCUGAACUUGAUUUCUUGAUGAGCUUGAAAGUGAUGAUUCUCCAACGUGCGAAGAACAUCGGCUCCAAACCUAUGGCCAAGAACUUCGGCUUGAAGUUUCUCCGUGCUCUCAGUUUUAUUUUGAUGAACAAACUUAAAGGUCAACUAGAAGGUGCGCCGGGUUACACCGGAUCCUCCUCCUCGCAUUUGGAUAGAUGUAAAUUGUUGAAGUUUGAUCUUGACGACGCAUUUAAAAGCUUGAGUAUGGAGGAGUUGAGCACAUACAUUUGCAGUGAGAAGAAUAAGCGAGCACUGUCUGCGUUCUUUAAAGAUGUACUUCCUCCUCUGAGUAAGAAGCCGAAAACCGAAGGCUAAAUGAAGCUACAAUUAAUCAAUCAAUCAAUGAUAAUGCACUCUGAUAUAGUUUUCUUCACUGAUCCAUGGCCACUUCUAUGGCUUGAUUCACCACUUCUGCUGCACUGCCGGUUUCUCCCCCCCCCCCCUUGAGCCCUAUCUAUGAGAGGACGCUUUGUACAACGACCCGCCCUUUGAUCAGGACGGGUCCUUUAAAGUUUGGAGCUUUGUGCACUAUUGACAUUUAUCUGGCACGGGGUGCGCGGAUGAAAUUAAUAUUCUCUGCAUUCUUUUUUUUGAAGGGAUUCUGUGUAUUCUUUUACCUCUUUAU